AUGUCAAUUUGUGUUUUACAAAAUGUACACAAAUUAUUUCUGGAAUCAUCGUUUAAUUCUAAAUUAAAGUGCUACAAUUAAAUAACCAAUUCAUUAAUAAUGUCUUUCGACGUCAAUUGGGAUGUCGAAAGUCAGAGAGAAGACCACGAAUGCGAAGAACAUUGGCAGUUAAGAAAGGCGUUCAUAGAACAAUGGAAGAACGAAUAUCCUAAAGACAGGCUGGUUUGCCUAGCAAGGGUUUUCGCUAACAUGGAGUUUAUGGGUUGCCGGUACCCCACAGAAGUCAUGCAAGAAGUUGCAAGGCUCUCAGAAGCAGUAGCAAGCGCUUACAGAAAGUCCAAGAAAGGCAAACUCCAAAGGACAUUUGUAUCAGCCUCUGACGCUGCUGAGGACAGAGCAAGAGGUGUCAAGCGUGAAGGUGGCAUCAUCAAAGAUGGCCCGGCACCGAAAUCUUCUAAAAUCCAGUUUGUGAAACAGGGCCAGGGGGGCAAUGAAGAGGAGAGUGAGGAUACGGAUGUGGAAAGUAGAAUAAGGAAUUUGAUUAGUUCAAGCAUAUCCAGCAAAUCAACCGAGGAAGCCCGGAAACCCCUCGGGGAUCUUAACGAGUACCUGAAAGACCUGAGCAGCGUACGGUGCCUGGACGCCCGGGUGUUCGAUGACAGCAUGUUCUUCAGCAGCUUUGGACAGCUGGUACUGCUCAUCAGGCCCUGGGCGGGAAAAUGGUGGAAUAUACAGACAAGCUGUCAAGUUUGCAACAUCCCGUUCAGCUCAACAUUUGAAGACGGCGCCAUGUCCAUGCUCAUCAACGGGCUACUGGUAGCCCGCGCCACGGGGGCUUCUAAAGUGGACGCCAAGUGCAACGUCGAGAUUAUGGCUUGGAAUAGACUACGGGAGGAAGUGAUAACAGUCGUAGUUAAAGAACAAUUCAGAGCAGAUGGUGGCGCCAUCUCCGUCAGCGAAGUGACGGGGCGGCGCGACGACGAGUUCGGAGCGCCCGUUGAGAACAGUGUCGCCACUAAGAUGAUGAAGCUGAUGGGGUGGAAGGGCGGCGGGCUGGGCGCCGACGCGCAGGGUAUAGAGGAGCCCAUCAAGCCGCACCUACAAAUGGUGAACCGCCAAGGUCUGGGCAGUACCUGCUCCGACGCCCAGAGCCUCCGACGAGCGGCCUUCACCCUAAUGAGGCGGUACUUAGCGUCAGACUGUCUGGACGUGGACCUUAUCUUCAGCAGGGACUUCUCUAAGGAGGAGCGGGCUUCCUUACACCAGGUCGCGCAGAAGGUCGGCCUGGCAAGCAGAAGCUACGGGGCUGGAGAGGAAAGAUUCCUAGUGGUAAAGAAGAAGCUGGACCCCUUCUCGCUCGCACGCGCCGUGUUAGAGAAGGGCGGCAACACCCCCAAGUACCAGGUGUUCAUACCGUGCGGCGCCAGUAAAAGAAAUCAAAGAAAUGGAAGAUAUUAAUACAUUUUACACUGGGCAAAAUUAAAAAAAAAAAUGUUUUUUGUAAUAAUUAAAUGGGAUCUUAUCGUCCUAAUGUUUUGUAUUCACGUAGCCGUUUCGAACGUGUCUUCAAACUGUUUUAUUAUUAUGGAUGUUGUGAAAAAACAAAAACGUUGAUGAAAUAUAAUAGAUUGUUAACCAAGGGAUGAAAGGUAGUCCCGAGACUGAAAGGGUGCCUUUCACCCAAGUUAAACACUACUUUUCAUUUCGAAUACGAGGAAAAUAAAAUACAUGUGCAUUUAAAUAAAAACGGCUAAGAAUAAACUUCAGUUGUAUUUCUUAAGGGUACUUUCAAUUAACAAUUUAGGUAAAAAUAUCGUUAUUUAUGGAAUAGGGAGUUAAUUAUCUGAAUGAAAUUUGUACAACAAAUCCAUUUGAAACCAAAAUUUUAAUUGGUUAUUGUAAAAAAAGGAAAAAAACUUACUUAGAAAGUACAGUGCUCUAGAGCGGAACCGUAUCAUUUUCUGCACACUUAGAACAACAACGACCAACUUUCAGAGCAUGUGAAAUGAAAAAUAAAAUGCGUAAUCAUUUUUUUAUCAACGUUUUUGUUUCUCUUCUCAUGAUUCCUUUGUCAUGUUAAAUCCUAUAAAAUGUGUAAUAGCUUAAUUAGUUUUACAAGUGACAUAGAUUUUGAUUUAAUAAAGUAUUUUUAUUGUA